AUGGACGAGGACGUGUGCGGCAUAGCAACGCACCUUUUGGGGCUGAGCACGAAUGCGAGCCCAUCAGAGGACAACGAUGCAAUGGAGUUGGACGCAGAAGCAGCCAUGGACCAUGAGACCCAGCUCGCGCUCAACGACAGCCAGAGAAACGCGGUGCGCAAAGUGGCUGAAGAGCUGAGGCCAUACACACUAGACGGCAUGGUGGGCACAGAGAUAUACGACUCACACGUGGCCAUGCGCGAAGCCAAGAGACGAAUGAAAGCCUGCCGUGUUGCCUUUUCGACCUGCAUCGGCGCAGGUAUCGGCUUGCUGCGAUCUGAGGAUUUCGGCAUCGUCAUCGUCGAUGAAGCGUCCCAACAGACGGAGCCGGCUUCUCUGGUACCACUGACCAAGGGCUGCAAGCGAGCUGUUCUAGUAGGCGACCAUGUGCAGCUUCGCCCGACGGUGCAACCAGUCACGCUGCCCUUGGGGUACGACGUGUCUCUGUUCGAACGUCUUUACACCUUGUGCACCAACUCGCAGACAAGCGGCAAUCGCUUGGCAGGUGUGCAGACGUCGAUGCUCAAUACACAGUACCGUAUGCACAAGUCAAUCUGCGAGUUCAGCUCGGAAGAGUUCUACCAAGGGGAGCUCAGAACAGGCAUGGCAGCUGAUCAGAGGGUUCUGGCCGUGUCUGCUUUCCCUUGGCCCCGAAGCUCUGUUUCCGGACAGUUUGUGCGGACAGUCUUCAUCGAAUGUGAUGGUCACGAAGACAUUGGCCAGAAGUCCAAACGCAACCAGGCCCAGGCAGAACUGUCUAGCCAACAGCAACGCGCAGAUGACGAGCAGCGACGCGCAGACAACGAGCGGCGACGUGCAGACAGCGAGGGGCAACGCGCAGAGGAUGUCACAGCCCAAUGCCGCCAGACAACAUUAGCUGAACACAUCACCAACUGCCACGAUUAUCUCGACCUCAAUAUAACCGUCAAGCCCAACAACUCCCUCCCUUCGAAAGGAACCAUCACAAACCCUCAGGAUAAAUUGGUGUCUUCGACACUCAAGCCAUGGACCGACUUUCUCGAGCAACAAAAAUCAAUUCAUGGAAGACUGUACUCGACCUUUCCUGCAGACAAGCAGGCCUUCGAAAGUGUUACCUUCCUCGAGGAGCUCGGUGAACGGCUCAGAAGGAAGAAGAUAGCGAACGAGCGCGAUCUUGAAUCAGUUCAGCACAACAUCGUCCAGACCCCCGUCACCAACAUUGUCGAGAUCCUCAAAGACCACGAUGCGACAAAGCGAGCAUUCGCUCUGGGCCGAGGCCUCACUUUCGACAAUCAUCCAAACGCGCUUAGUGAAAUGGCGCUGACGAACCAACACAACGACGUGCGAUAUCCGAUUCGAACCAGCUUCGCGCCGACCGGGGUUGUCGCUGCCGCUGUUUCCCAGAUAUAUCACUGCAUGAUCAUUGGCGGUCUUGCGUACAGCUAUGGUACAACUGGCGAGGCAAUCAUCUUCUUGAAAAUCGACUGGAAGACUCCGGAGCAAUUGCUGUUCCAACUUGCGGAGCCACGAGUGGAGGUGCUGGCGCAUCCCGACAAUGCCCUAUGUCGCACAGCUGUCAGUAAGGUACUUGCCUUCACCCUGCUGGCAAUCGAGGAACAACAUUCCAACCUCGGGCAGGAUGAGCGCUCCCGGGUCAUGGAGCACAUUGGACGGUGGUUUGCGGACCAUGAUGCCAUGCUAAAGCUUGGUCCAGAGAGUUCUCAACAUGCCGGCCAGCGCCAGGCGAAGGUAUUGACGACGAGCCUUCUGAUCAAUCAGACGGUGGAAGCGAUGGCACUGUACAGAGAAGUCCCAGCUUAAGACAUCCACGCCGUUGUCUACAGCCACGGCAACAACGACCCGACGCGAGCACUGUGUCAUCACCCGUACCCUAUUGUCUGGAAAAAGUCAAAGAGUGUGGGAAGCGAACACCAAUUGGGACCUCCGCCGUAGAAUCCGAGAGGAGGGAGAUUCGUUCAAUUCGUGACAAGUGCGGGAAGGUUUGUUGGCAUGACCCGAUUUUGUAUGCAGACUCCAAACCAGGCC